UAUAAAAAGCUGCCAAAUGUACAAAGCUAACUAUGCUAACAUCAGUUCCAGCUAAACCGACAAACCCUUAACAGUUAAAUUAAGACGUUAACGUUACAGAACAACUGAGUUUGCUGAAAUAUAUCAGGCUUCUCAAACUGUUGUCAGUGCAUCCAAUUUACAUUUAACUAAAAGCUAACCCUUAUAUCGUGGCUCUAUUCAUUUAAAUAAUAGGUUGAAGCCUUGUCCCUCCACCCAAGUUCAUUAUAAUUAAGACCUUUCUUUUACGUUGAAAGGAUGAACGUUUGAACCGUUGUGUCAACAGCAGCAGCCCGCCACGUCGCUAACGUUAGGCUGGUGUAAAAAUGAACGACCAAUACUCACUUGAUAAUAUUGACAGCCUCCUCUUUCAGUUUGCUCUUCAAACUCGGGAGCUUUCCCUAAAGAAGAAUGCAAUCAACCAACAAAUUAAAGUUUGCAGAGCUGACAUUGCUGAGAGGAGGUCUCACAUUGAAACAGUUCGCAGAAAUACAAAGAAACUUGAGCUAGAAAUCAGGGUGAAGCAGAGCUCUGUGAUACAUAAUAAAGAAAAUGCUAAAAGCAUGAAGGCGAUUAACAGCCUGCUUCUUCAGUAUGAGCAGACAAUGAAAGAAGAACUGGAGAGCAGAAAAGCCAGCUACAACCGUGACAUGGAAGUUUACGAAGAGAGAAUUGCAAGCUAUAAGAAGAUAUUCCACUCGCAUAAAGAAUAUUAUUACCAAAAUCCUCUGGCUCAAAAGCUCCUCGUGCUGCAGGCGGAAAAAGAGGAGAUUGAGUGUAGGAUCAAGGCUUGUGAUGAUCGAAUAACAAUGAAACAGAAGGAGCUGGACCAUCUCACUGGUCCCCCAGUCAGUUCUUCUUCUCCUGAGAAACUACCAGACAGUGUUUCUGGCCAGCAGCCCAUAACAGAACCAGAGAAACAAUUAGAUCCUCAGACAGAGGACAGUCAUUCUUCCAUUGACAUCUCCUCUCUUAAUCUCAACCAGACAAAGAUCUUGCAGAAUGGUCAUAAAACUUCUGUAGAGGGAAAUGAUGAAGAAAGUCGUGAGGAAAACAAGGUCCAGGAUGCUACCGCCUGCAGCCCUUCCCCAGAAGAAGCAAGCAAUGAGCUGUGGUCAUGUCAACAGUUGGAUGCCCAUCAGCAGACUAUUUCUUCAGAACAAAGAUGGCCAGAAGUGAUGCACGCAGAGGAGCAGGACCAGGAAACUGGACCAGAGGACCAGGAACAGCAGUCCACUGUAUCAGACAUAGAGGAGGUAGUGGAGGAGGAGAUGGAGGAAAGAGUAGCUAUAGAGGAAGAGCAGGCACCAAGUGAAGAGCGCAACAAGGGACUCACUGCUUUUCCUCAGUCAUCAUUUCAAGAAACUAAUCCCCAGUCCUCCCCGGCAAAAAUGACAGCUGUGCCUUCAACCCCAACAUUCCCAUUUAACUUCAGCCCUGGCGGCUCCCCACAUCGAGGUACCUCUGAUACCAAAUCUCCAGCUUUCCUGUUCUCUCUGAACUCUGAUCCUAGCACCCCGGGCUUCUCUGGAUUUGGAUUUGACGUCGGCUCAUCGCAGGAUGAGGACUCAUCUUUCGCUUUCACCAGCUCUUUUUUCAAUGAGAAGAAAACCAAAGAAUCAAAGUCUUCAAGCUGCUCUGAGUUCCUGUUUGGCCAACCAGAGCAAAAUGAAGACUUCCAGUUUGCUUUUACCUCAAAGAGCCCUCAGACAACUAACAAAGAUAACACCAGGGAUGAUUUUCCAUUUUCAUUCAACUUUUGAGAGUUUGAAAACAUCUGAAUUGCUGAAUUAUUGUUUGUAAGACUACUUUGUUAUGUAUUUUCUUCUGUAAUGUUUUCAUAUAGUUGGGGAAAUGACAAAUACCUUUUAUAAUGGUGUUAAACCUUCAUGGUUUAACACCAUUAUAAAACUUCAAAUAGUCUCAAUAGUCAAAAAA